AUGUUCCUCGCCUCUCUCCCCCCCGACACUCCCUUCACCCUCACCGUCAUUGGCACACAACCCCACACGCCCCCGGCCCUCCGCGCAACCCUAACCUCUCUCCUCGACGCCGCCAAAGCAAACCACCUCCUCGCCCACACCGAAACCCUCACCCAGCACCCAGACUCUAAUUCCAACUCCUCCCCCUCCGAACUCCACCUCACCUACUGGCCACCCCUUCCUACCAAGCAUGGUCCACCUCCCCAGACUUCACCACCUUCUGGUCCUCUUUGCCCGACACCGCCGGCAUAUUCCACGAGACCCUCACCAUCGACCCCUCACGGAUCCAGGGCGCCACGAACCAUGACGCGCCCGCCGCGGGAUGCAUGCAUCUCGGCAAGAUCGAGCUGAACCCGACUCUGAGCGGAUACUGGGGGUGUUAUCCGGAUCGGAUCAAGGAGAAAAGUAUCUCUACUUCGCUGACGGGGGAAGAUCUAUCAGCGCUGUCUUCACAGUCUACCACGACGAACGAAGGAGAAGAGGGAAAAGAAAAGAUAAUCGCAGGAAGAAUCACCCUAGCGAACUUCCCUAACAACAUCUGCUUCGUCGUUGAAGGCCAAGACCACACGCACGCAUCCGCAGACGAGAAAGCCUACUGGACGGAGACCUUCGACGCUCUCUCCCAGGAAUGGGUGCACGAUGCCCUGACCGCCGGCGUGGAGAAGGGGGUUCUUUCUUCGAGGGGCUGUUACUCCCCUGCUGCCACUUCUACUUCUACAUCCAUUUCUACUUUCACACCGGCGGAAGCUAGAUACCCCCUCACUCUCGGCCGGGAUGUCCAGCUCUUCUACUUCACGGACCUGGGUCACAUGGAGAAGCUGGGGAGGACGAACGCGGCGCACGUGAAACUGCGGAGGGCGUUUAUGGAGGCGUAUGGGCCCGGUGGGGUGUUGUUCGGGGGCGGGCUGUCAUUGUGGGUGGAGACGGCUGUUUUGAGAGGCGAGGAUAUCAGAGCGGAGUAUGUGGGGUGUCUGGAGGGGACGGGGCUGUUGGGGCUUAGGGGACAUGAUGCUUUUGCCUCUGGGGUAUAGAGUUAGGGGUGGGUUGAGUCGUUGACAUGAUGGUGGGGGGGUUAUCAUGUGGAUUUGAUGAAGAUCUGGUGGCGGGUGGCUAAUGGAUGAUCUGCAUACUGUGAAGUAUAUCGUCGAUCUGGUUGUGAAUAUGGUUUGGGAUGCUUUGAUGUCUUGGAGAAUGUUCUUUGUGAGCUGUGUAUGGUAGUGA